UGCAGAACACUUGAUCAUGUUUUAUUUUCUCACACAACUUGUUGACCUGACAGACACUCGGUCCCGGUCUGGAGCUGGACCCGGACCCGGAGCCCUCUGAGCCGCCGCGGGCCGCACGCACCUGUCCCCGGACUAACCGCCGUCAGAUCGGGUCUGACAUGGACUUUGAGCGCGUAGAGGUCCUGGUUUGAGUCUGGUAAUGUUAGCGGUGGGUGGGAUGGACGGGUCCCGACAGAGCGCCUUCCUCCUCAGCACCCCCCCUCUAGCGGCUCUGCACAGCAUGACCGAGAUGAAGACCCCGCUGUACCCGGCCUACCCGCUCUCCUCCGGCGGGCAGAACUCCUCUACCUCACCGGCCACCACCUCCCCCAACCCGGGCGGCAUGGCGGUGUCCUCCCCGGGGAUCAAGAGCUCCUCGGGGCUGUCCUCGGGGCUCGGCUCCCCGCAGCAGUGCUCCUCCGCGACCCCGCACGGAAUAAACGACAUCCUGAGCCGGCCCGCGUCCUCCACCGGGGCCGUGGUGGUGGCCGCCGCCGCCGCCGCCUCCUCCUCGGCGGGGCUCCUGUCGGGGCUGCCCCGGUUCAGCAGCCUCAGCCCGCCGCCGCCUCCCGGACUCUACUUCAGCCCCGGGGCCGCGGCGGUGGCGGUGGCCCGGUACCCGAAGCCCCUGGCGGACCUCCCGGGCAGGACGCCCAUCUUCUGGCCGGGGGUGAUGCAGAGCCCGCACUGGAGGGACGCCCGGUUCGCCUGCUCACCCCAUCAGAACUCGGUGCUGCUGGACAAGGACGGGAAGCGGAAACACACGCGGCCCACCUUCUCCGGGCAGCAGAUCUUUGCUCUGGAAAAAACUUUUGAACAAACGAAAUAUCUGGCGGGUCCUGAGAGGGCGAGGCUGGCCUACUCCCUGGGCAUGACGGAGAGCCAGGUCAAGGUUUGGUUCCAGAACAGACGGACCAAGUGGAGGAAAAAGCACGCGGCGGAGAUGGCCACGGCCAAGAAGAAGCAGGACUCUGAGACGGAGCGUCUUAAGGGGACGUCGGACAACGAGGACGAGGACGACGACUACAACAAGCCGCUGGACCCGAACUCUGACGACGAGAAGAUCACACAGCUGCUGAAGAAACACAAACCUGCAGGAGCCGCAGGAGCGAUGCUGCAGCUGCACACGUCCGAGAACGACAGCUCCUAACUCUGCUCCUCCUGCUCCUUCUCCUGCUCCUUCUCCUGCUCCUUCUCCUG